GAACUUGCUACGAACAUCGUGUCGCGCCGUCGCCGCCAUGUUGUCGCUGCUGCGCCAUGUUGUUUGGUGGCUGCCUGUGUGGGCGCAGGAGCCAGAUGCCGCGGCUCUGCUGGACCAGACGAGCCACUACAUGCAUGUGGCCUACGACUACCAGCUGCACCGGGCCUCGAUGCCGCGGAGCGGAGAAGGUGACCUUUGGAUCUCCUGGGAGGCGCAGCCGGUGGUGCGGCUGCGGGGCGUGGCGACGAGCCCCAAGUUCGGGCGGGGGGUCAUCACCCUGGUGCUGGAUGCUGGCAAGAAGGCCAUGUACGCGAGGAUCGAGCUGGAAAAUCUGCACAUGGACCAAUGCUUGAUGUACCCCUUUCCGGAUGGCACGGCCGAGGUGGACCGCGCGCGGCUGGCGACGCUGAAGCGGCGCCACGACGAGUUCGGCACCUGGGAGCACGAGGAGGAGCACGACUACCACACGGGGAAGACCACCCACCUCCUGCCCUGGACAGCCAGAUAUCGGAUGGGCUUCGUCACUCACAACAGCUCUGAGCGUAUGAUGGGGGUGAUGCUACGUGACGGCAAGCGGGUGGUGAAGAAGGUGGAGUUUCAACGACCACCGGAGCACUCUCUGCACGUGCCGGAGGCGGAGCGCGGGAUGUUCCAGCCGCCCUCCUCCAAGUGCCAGCUGCCCGAGGAGUUCGUGCAUGACAUGGGGCAAGUGGACCUGCGGCCCCCGCACCAGCGCUCCUCCGCGCUCAACGACUUGCUGCUGAUCAUGUCCAGCGAUGAUCCCAUCAAGGAGUGGUCGCAAGAGUUCUUCUUGGUAGCCUGCAUGCUGCUGCCCGGGGACGUGGCCAUCAUGCUGGAGGACCCGGAGCCUCCAAACAUCGAGCGCCUGCACCACAUCGCCUUUGACUACUCAGCUGUGAGCACUGCCGCGGGGGGCAACGUGAGCCGGAGUCAAGGCGCGAUUUGGAUCGACAUGGAGAACAGAGCAUUUCGCCUCAACGGGAACGCAAAGAAUACCAAGGUAGGGGACCUGCACAUUGACAUCCUCGUUCAUGCGAACUCGGCGAAUCCCCAAAUUUACGCCAACGUCAAGCUGGUGGAUGAGGACGAGCACCAGUGUCUCCAGUAUGAGUACCCGGACCUCACGGGACACCCAAAGGAGGACUUGGAAGAUUCCUCGAAGCGGCCCCUUCGCUUCUACUCCAUCAGCGAGAUCGAUGGGGAGGACUGCGCGGUCUUUACGGCGCCGCUGGCACGGAACCGGUGGCUCCAUGUCUGGGUGGACAUGGAGUCCCAGAUCCCCGACGCAUUCCUGCGGACGGAGAUCCACCACGAAGGCCACGUCCUGCGAUCCACCAAGGUGCUGCAGUGGCGCACCGGCGAGGACGUGGCGGUGCAGGUGCAGCCCAAAGCGGAAUGGCACUGCUCGGAGGCGGAGUUGGGGGGCCGACUGGCGCGCCUGGACAUUCGCACCAUGCACCACAAGUCUAUCCAGUUGGAGGACUCGCUCUUUGCCCUGCACGAGCUGAGCCCCGACUUCGCCGUGCGAGAGAUCCUGGGGCUCACGGGAGACGUGGCCAUCGUGGUGAAGGUGCCAUCGCCCCCAGACAUGGGGCUAUUGAGGCGUGCGACCUUGGACUACGUGAUGCACCUGGACAGCAGCAUGUCCCGGGGCCCCGUGAACGGGAACUUCGCGGUGGACGUGAACAACCGCUUGGUACGCCUUUCAGCGAAAGAUGUGGACAAUGCCCGGGUCACAGUGGCGGUGAACAUGGGCGAAGCCCUUGCAGUGCAGAUCGAGAGGCCCGGCCAAGCGUCGCGGUGCCUGCAGAUGGAUUUGAAGGCCGUGCCCGUGUCGACUCUGGGCGCAUUGAGCGCAGGCAUCUUCCAGGCAGUGGAAGCACUGGAUGGACAGGAGUGCAACCACUUCAAGUUCCCCGGGACCCAGACGUUGGACCUUUGGUACAGCGAGGAGGACAAAGCCAUCUGCCAGAUCGACCUCAUGUCAUCCUCGCCCUCCCAGCUGACCCGCCUGGACGUGCUCACCUUCAUCAGGGCGUACCUGCCAGAGGUGGAUGUCUUCGCGCAGUUCCAGGGCCCUCCGGACACCUGGCGCUGCCCUGCCCUCGCGGAAGGCGCGUGGCUCAGCACUGGAGGGCACUUGGCGGAGCAGGAAGCGACUGAAGACGCCUCGGCCGCUGCAGUGGGGCGCGUUGCCCAGUUGCUGGGCAUGGUGGGCCUGCUGCCGUCACAGGCGGCGGCCGCCAUCACCACCCUCUCCAUCAGCGGCAACAGCGGCUCCAGCGCCACUCGGACCUCCCACAGCGGCCUGGUGUUGGUGCGGCGGCCCGCCACCUCCGCGCCGCGGUGCUGCGCCACGGAGGGGCUCCAGGCCAAGGGCAUGGGCAAGGCGAGUCCGCUGGUGCGGGACGUGGCGGGCACGAGGUACUGCUACGGGGACCAGGUGAAAUCUGAGCAGGAAUGGGUGGACGACUUUGCGGCACAGCUGGCAGGGGCGCAGGAUGUCUUGGGCGUCUGCCUGAAGGAUGGCUACUACGAGCAGCAGAUCCCGCAAAGCAACGCGCCGAUGAAUGACGACGUGAUGUCGCCCCUGCUGAAAUCCUUCGGCUUCUCCUUCAGGUCGAGCCACCCCUUGGAGGGAUUCCCCGAGGGCCUCAGGGGCGGCCAAAAGUUCACCGGGGAGGCGUGGCGGCCACCGCAGGUGGGCAGUGGCGAGCUACGGGUGGAUUUGCAGCGCCGGAGGCUCUACGUGCGGAGCAGCUCCAAGUUCUCAACUGGCAUUCCGCACGUGAAGAGCGAAAUCAUCUACAGGGGGGACCUGCACAAGCUCUACGCCCGUACAGUGCUGUCGGGACAGGGGCCCGACUACGUGCAGUGCUAUGUGAUCGACACCGCUCAGGCGCUUCCCGCCACCGGCCCAGCCAAGAACCCCUUCACGCGGGGCCAGCUGUCUGGGCAAGCGGCUCCGGUGCCCGAGCAGGAGGGCCGCAUGGCGCAGAAGUACACCUUCUUCCUGGACCCGGAGAAGCGCCUGGACUUCUUCGUGGAUGGUCAGCGGCAGCUGGCCUAUCUCAAGCUGAAGGACUUGAUGCGUGACGUGUCCACUGGGGUGCGCACGGACAGCUGGGUCUCCGCCAUCAGCGAGGAGGUCUUUGAGAUCGCGGACACCUGGAAGUGCGAGCAGCGACUUCCUGAAGCGUACCUGAAUCAGCUGUCUGGCUGGGACCUCAUCAAGGUCUUCCUGCCCGCAUGAGAUGCCAGCCAAAAGAGUUCCGGCACAGUUCGAUGCAGAGAAGCUGCAACCCACCCUCGGUCAUCACUUUAGCUGGCCUGGUCCAUGGUGCACGAAAGUAUGGUGAUGUUGAGUGGCAGCC